GGAACUGACGCAGGAGGAAAAACUUUUGUGUGGGCGCGUAGCGUCUGAAGCAGUUAUGAACUAACGAGUUUUCCUGAAACAUUUGUUUAUUGGAGUAAACAUGGCGACUAAACGUAAACCCGACGCAGCGGUUCCCGCGGAGGAAAGCGACCAGCUGCUCAUCCGCCCGCUAGGAGCAGGACAGGAGGUGGGACGAUCCUGCAUCAUCCUGGAGUUCAAGGGAAGAAAGAUCAUGUUGGACUGCGGGAUCCAUCCAGGUCUGGAGGGAAUGGACGCUCUGCCGUACAUCGACCUGAUCGACCCGGCUGAGAUCGACCUGCUGCUCAUCAGCCACUUCCACCUGGACCACUGUGGAGCUCUGCCCUGGUUCCUGCAGAAGACCAGCUUUAAAGGACGAACCUUCAUGACUCACGCCACCAAGGCCAUCUACCGCUGGCUGCUGUCCGACUACGUCAAAGUCAGUAACAUCUCAGCGGACGACAUGCUGUACACUGAGACCGACCUGGAGGAGAGCAUGGAGAAGAUCGAGACCAUCAACUUCCACGAGGUGAAGGAAGUGGCUGGCAUCAAGUUCUGGUGUUACCACGCCGGGCACGUCCUCGGAGCCGCCAUGUUCAUGAUCGAGAUCGCAGGCGUCAAGCUGCUGUACACAGGAGACUUCUCCCGUCAGGAGGACAGACAUCUGAUGGCUGCAGAGAUCCCCAGUGUCAAACCGGACAUCCUCAUCACUGAGUCGACCUACGGGACUCACAUUCAUGAGAAGCGAGAGGAGAGAGAGGCUCGUUUCUGUAACACAGUCCACGACAUUGUGAACAGGGAGGGUCGAUGUCUGAUCCCCGUCUUCGCGCUGGGACGAGCCCAGGAGCUGCUGCUCAUCCUGGACGAGUACUGGCAGAACCACCCGGAGCUCCACGACAUCCCCAUCUACUACGCCUCGUCUCUGGCCAGGAAGUGCAUGGCUGUGUACCAGACCUACAUCAACGCCAUGAACGACAAGAUCCGCAAGGCCAUCAACAUCAACAACCCCUUCGUCUUUAAACACAUCAGCAACCUGAAGAGCAUGGAUCACUUUGAUGACAUCGGCCCCAGCGUGGUGAUGGCGUCUCCCGGCAUGAUGCAGAGCGGUUUGUCCAGGGAGCUGUUUGAGAGCUGGUGCACUGACAAGAGGAACGGCGUCAUCAUCGCUGGGUACUGCGUGGAGGGAACGCUCGCCAAGCACAUCAUGACGGAGCCUGAUGAGAUCACCACCAUGUCAGGUCAGAAGCUUCCUCUGAAGAUGUCGGUGGACUACAUCUCCUUCUCCGCUCACACAGAUUACCAGCAGACCAGCGAGUUCAUCCGCGCGCUCAAACCUCCUCACGUGAUUCUGGUCCACGGCGAGCAGAACGAGAUGGCCCGUCUGAAGGCGGCUCUGAUCCGCGAGUACGAAGACAACGACGAGGUCCACAUCGAAGUCCACAACCCGCGAAACACAGAGGCCGUCACGCUGAACUUCAGGGGAGAGAAGCUGGCGAAGGUGAUGGGCUCCCUGGCUGACAGGAAGUGUGCUCAGGGUCAGAGAGUCUCCGGGAUCCUGGUCAAAAGAAACUUCAACUAUCACAUCCUGACGCCCUCCGACCUCUCCAAUUACACAGAUCUGUGUAUGGGCACAGUGAAACAGACUCAGGCCAUCCCGUUCACCGGACCCAUCUCGCUGCUGGUCAGUCAGCUACGCAGCCUGGCAGGAGACGUGGAGCAGGUGGAGGGAGCCGAGAAAAUCACCAUCCUGAUCUUUAAGAGCAUCACCCUGGUUCACGAGGCCGGCAUGGUGCUGCUGGAGUGGGUCGCCAACCCUCUCAACGACAUGUACGCCGACGCCAUCACCACGGUGAUCCUGGAGGUCCAGUCCAACCCCAACGCCCAGAAAUUUCUUGAAGGCAGGAGAGAAACCUUCGACAUGGAGAUGUUUGUAGAGAGACUGGAGCUCAUGCUGCACGACAUGUUCGGGGACGACUGUGUGAAUUUCAAAGACAGUAAAAGCCUGAGUGUGACGGUGGACGGAGUCACUGCCUUCAUCGACCCGGAGACCAGAUCUGUGUCCUGUACAGAGGACGAAUCUCUGCGGGAGAUGGUGGAGGUCGCCGUCCAUCGGCUCUACGACGCCCUCAGCCCCGCCUUCUGACUGACCACGCCCACAUCAGAGAGGUAGAUGUGGAUCUGACCACAGGGAGCUGAUGAUGAUGAUGAACAUUUUAAGUUCCCGUAUUUACCUGAAUAUGAUCAGAACAUAAAGAAACACUCGUCUUUAUAUCUGAAUCCUUCAGGUUAUUUAUGUGCUUUAACAAAAAACUGGAUUCGGGAACUUAAAGUGUUUCCUGCUUUCGUCUUUCUGUCUUUAACAAAGACAAACUCUUUGUUGGAAACAUGAUUCCAGAGGAAUCAGCUUCAGGAGAUGGACCCGACACCAUCUCACUGUUUCUGUACUUGAUUUAUCCAUAAACCUGAAAAUGUCGUUUCAUCAGAUCAAAUUUCUUCAUGAGGAAAAUAAACGUUUGUCAGAGUUUUAGUGGAUUUGUUUGUUUCCUCUGAUUCGACUUUGUUGUUGAGACUUCGGUGUUAGUUACAGGUGAACGGCAGAGAGCGGACUGAGGCUGCUGCUAACGAUUGUUUUCAUUAUCACUUCAUCUUUUCACUUCAUCAUUUCGUUUAUGAAACAGAAAAGUGAAGUUUAUUCCCCUCAUGACUGAAAUGACACUGAAAAACGUCUCACACCCACAA